UCUUGUUGGUGACUACAGAUUCCUUCUUCUUUUUAUAUGUUUGUUUGUUUGUUUUUUUUUUCUGCCAGAUUCGGUUGGCGAUAAAAAGGGUUCAGGGUUUUGAGAAUAUUGGUUUAGAAAGGCUCUUCUGUUCGAUCUGCCUCCUCUGUCUAACCCCUACUGGAAUUCUUGUAUUCUGAUUUUUACAAAAGUUCAUUUUUCUGAUAGAUAAUCCGUUUAGAGGCCAUGGAAGGACAAAGCAUUGCGAAUCCUAGAGAAUCCUCCUCCAUCGAUUUGCAGUCGAUGGCGAUGCACGGCGGGUCAUCAUCCUUUUUAACCGACGACCCAUUGCUCUUGACGAUGAUAAGCAGUUCAUCUGCUGCUCAUCCUCAGCUGCCGCCUUCUUAUCAAGGAAACGGUGGCGGAGGAGGAGGCAAUCCCGAGGCCAUUGAUGGUGGCUCCGUGGCUCAAACAGCCAAUGGUCUGAACCCGAACACAGGAGAGCCAGAAGCUAAGAGGAAGCGAGGGCGGCCCCGGAAGUACGGACCAGAUGGCCCUAUCUUGGCCCCUUCAUCAUCAUCUGCUUUACUGUCUUCUUCUGAACUGAUUAAUGGUCCCAAGAGACGGGGCCGUCCACUUGGUUCUACCAAGAAGCAUCAAAUGGUUGCUCAAGGAACAGCAAAGUUGGAAAGCUGUCUUCAUUUAAUUUGUGUAAAUGAAGGAGAGGAUGUAUUUGCAAAAAUUUCUUCAUUUUCUCAGCUUGAAUCACAAACCAUCUGCAUUCUUUCAGCAACUGGUGUUGCAUCUAAAGUAACUCUUUUCCAACCUUCCAUCAUACCUGCUUGUGGAAUGGUAAUUUACGAGGGUUGGUUCGAGAUCUUGUCAUUGACGGGUUCAUUCCACAAUUCUAGUGAUCGGCAGAGCCUAAUGGGUGGAUUGACCGUCUCAGUAGCUGAUUCUAAGGGGAAUGUCGUAGGCGGUCGAAUAGCAGGGUCUUUCGUAGCAGCAUCACCAGUUCUGGUAGUUCUUGGGAGCUUUAUACCUGGCAGGUUGGAGUUAAAAGAAACUAAUGCUGUUCCAUCCCCAAAUCUUGUCUCCGGCGGGACAACAAACACCGGCAACUCCUCUUCAAGGGCAGCCUUUAGUGUACCGUCAGGUGACCGUAUGAACCCUCCUAUUCAGAGCCCAGCCAUAUGCAGUGACAUCAAUUCACUAGAUCGCCCAGUGAAACUUAACUUCGAUCAAGAAGGGGGUGGGGGUGAACGUCUCUGAUAUUUAAUGCCAGAUUAGGUUUAUUCAUUCUGAUUUCAUUUCUUUAUUAUUGCGGGAACAUGGAGUUGUGUCGACAGAAUGUACGAUGAAAGAUCAUCAUACAAUAUAUAUAUUUCUUCUCUGCCCAAAUUUUGCUUAA